AUGACACAGCAGAGAAACAGCAUCAGCCAGUGUUCAAGCACUAUCAAAGCAUAUAAUCUCACAUGUGUCUCAGAAUUCCAUCUCAUGGCCUUCUCAGAGGAUCCAAACUUGCAUCCUGUCCUCUUUGGGCUCUUCCUGUUCAUGUACCUGGUCACAGUGCUUGGGAACCUGCUCAUCAUCCUGGCUGUCAGCUCUGACUCCCACCUCCACACCCCCAUGUACUUCUUCCUCUCCAACCUGGCCAUUGUUGACAUCUCUUUCAUUUCCACCACAGUCCCAAAGAUGAUUGUAGACAUCUCAACUCAGAACAGAGUCAUCUCCUAUGUGGGCUGCCUCAUCCAGAUGUCUCUUUUAACACUUUUUGCUAGUAUGGAUGACAUGCUUCUGACUAUGAUGGCCUAUGACCGGUUUGUGGCCAUUUGCCACCCCCUUCACUAUGCAGCCAUUAUGAAUCCUCACCUCUGUGUCUUACUACUUCUGCUUUCUCUCCUCGCUAGCUUUUUGGACUCCCAGCUGCAAAAUGUAACUGCCUUGCAAUUUACUUGCUUCAAGGGUGUGGAAUCUGAUAAUUUCUUCUGCCAUCCAACUCAACACUUUAAUCUUUCAUGUUCUGAUACCUUAUUCAAAACUAUGGUCACAUAUUUUGUUGGUGCCAUAUUUGGCUUUAUUCCCAUGUUAGGGAUCCUUUUUUCUUACUAUAAAAUUGUUUCCUCUAUUCUCAAAAUCCCUUCAUCAGGUGGGAGAUACAAAGCCUUUUCUACAUGUAUUUCUCAUGUGUUAGUUGUUUUCUUAUUUUAUGGAACCAGCAUUGGAGUGUACCUUGGUUCAGAUGUUUCAUAUUCUCCCAGGAAUGGCAUGGUGGCUUCAUUGAUGUGCACUGUGGUCACCCCUAUGCUGAAUCCCUUCAUCUACAGCCUGAGGAACAGGGAUAUUUGCAGCACCUUCAGGAAGCUCCACAGUUAG